AUGGCGGCGUCUUAUCUGUCCAAGCUGAAUCCGGUGCCGAGUUUUGCAUCAUUUACGGGCCCCUACAAGGUCGGCACCGUGGAUGUUGAAAUCCCCGUCGAUGAACUGGAUUCGCCAGCACCAGCACCCGAGGGCUGUGACAUUGAAACUGUACAAUUCCGAAUCUUUUACCCAACUGCCCCAGAGUCGACAGGCAAGAAUAUCACUUGGCUCCCUGCGCCGCAACGGCCGAAUCUUGCGGCCUACGUCAAGUUUCUCGGGGCCGGCCCCCUACUGGCAGACGCCAUUUCUCUCCUGCCACGACACCUCCACUAUACAACGAUACCCGCGAUCAAGAAUGCGCCACUCCUUGAGCCGAAUGCGCCGAACCAACGCUGGCCGACCGCCAUCUUUUCCCACGGCCUCGGUGGAAAUCGCAACGCAUAUUCCCAGAUAACCGGACAGUUGGCAUCGCAUGGAGUAGUGGUUGUUUGUCCCGAGCAUCGCGAUGGAAGUGCGGCCGCGACGUUUGUCCGUCUUCCCGCGGAACAGCACCGGUACUUUAUGCGAGACCGGCGGCGCGAGAUACCCUACAAACGCAUCCCCCACGACGCAACAGAAGAGGUGCGCGAAGCGAGAAGCGCACAGCUGCGGAUCAGAUUGUGGGAGUUGGGCUUGAUUCAUGACGCCGUACUUAGGAUCGAUCAGGGCGCAGCAGUUACAAAUCUCAACACGAGCACACCUUCGCUUGACCAGUUUGUCAGCGGCCUGAACAUCCACGAGCCCGGCAGCAUCAUAUUUGGGGGGCAUAGCUUUGGCGCUACGACAACGGUCCAGUUUCUGAAAUCCGUGUACUACGCAGGAUCACCGGCCGUAGCCGCGAUGAAGGAGCCUCUCUUUACGCCAUCUCAGGACUCUGCUAUAUGCGCUCAGGUCACGCCAAAGACGAUUACGAUUUUGCUCGACAUGUGGUGCUUUCCCCUGACGGCAAAAGCUACGAGCGCCCUAUUCAACCUUCCCUUACCCGUCUUUGCUGAUGAUCCGUCGGCGCCCGGGGGCAACGGGCUGCUCGCCGUCGAGUCCGAUGCGUUCGUCAAGUGGAAGGAGCAUUUUCACGUCACGGCCCGUGUGUUAUCUCCAAAUCCCGCUGCACCAGUAGUCGAGGCGCAGGCGUUUGAGAGGCCGAGCGGUAUCAAGCUGCAGGAGCCCAACUUUUUCUACGUGCACAACUCGGCCCACCUAAACCAGUCAGACUUUGGUGUCCUGUUUCCCUGGCUCACAAAGAAAAUUUUCGGCUCGGCAGAGCCUGAACGUGUCCUGCGCCUGAAUAUGCGGGCGAUUUUACAGAUUCUAAGAGUCCACAACGUGCCUAUCGGGAGAACAUCCAGCGUCGAUCUGGUAGAUGGUGCGCCGGAAACCAAGAUGGCAGAAGGCGAAGGACUAGACGACGGGAUCCAUGAUGACAAGGCAAUAUUAGACCGGAGUGGCAGCAGCGGCGUCGAGGCAUGGAGUUGGAUCGACAUCAUUGGCAUGGGCGACGAGGCCGUUGGCUCUGGAAAUACCGAAGACGAGAAGGCGGCUGCCGAAGCUCAGGAACCUGAGAUGGCCGCGGAAAUGGAACCACAGGUGUCGGAAGGUGAAGCUAUCAAGACGGUAGUAGCUACCGCCACGUAG